AUGACGGCGUCACCUGCAGAGGAGGGCGGCGAAGAGAGCAAACCAAAUGCUCAUGCAGCGCUGCUCCAGUUCGCCUCAGCUGCGGAAGAGGAGAUGACGCUGUCUGACGAGUUGGAAGGAAUCAUUCGCAAUCUGGCAGAAACAGGUGCCGCUGCGUGCUACCCCUGGGAUGCCCUGCGAAUACUCUUGGUCGGACCAGAGCGACCCUAUCCGCGAACUGCCAUGGCUCUUUGCACCUUUCUGCUCCUGCUCCCAUUGUGUGCUGCGCAGCAGCCUGGCACUCUCAAGUCCGAAGGAAGCCCGACUAUGACAGUGAAGGAAUGCUCCAAAGGGCAAUGCACCACCAAAGAGCACAAGCUGGUUCUGGACGCUAACUGGCGCUGGAUCCACACGACCGAGGGGUACAAGAAUUGCUACGACGGCAACGAGUGGGACACAAGCAUCUGCGCUGAUCCGGAAGCUUGUGCACAGGACUGUGCACUGGAGGCAGUGGAUGAAAAGCAGUACGAGAGAAUUUAUGGUAUCACUCGAGUGCCAGGGGGUGUUCGUCUCAACUUCGUCACCGGAUCCAACGUGGGAUCUCGGCUUUUCCUCCUGGAAGAUGAUGACAACUACAAGCUCUUCAAGCUGAAGAACCGAGAGUUUGCCAUGGACGUGGACUCCUCCGCUGUGGAAUGCGGCAUGAAUGGGGCGAUGUACUUCAUCGAGAUGGCCGCCGAUGGCGGCAAGGGCGUCGGCUACAACGCCGCAGGUGCCAAGUAUGGUACUGGAUACUGUGAUGCACAGUGCCCUCACGAUGUGAAGUUCAUUGACGGCAAAGCGAACUCGAAGAAUUGGAAGCCUCAUCCCAAAGACUUCAGCAACACCAUGGGCCUUGGCCACUAUGGCGCAUGCUGUGCAGAGAUGGACAUUUGGGAGGCGAACAAAAUGUCAACGGCUUAUACCCCACACCCGUGUGACAUUGACACCCCGGGUCAGUACAUGUGCAGCGGCACUGAGUGUGGAGACAAUGACAGCGGUGAGAGAUACGACGGAGUUUGUGACAAGGAUGGCUGCGACAUCAACCCUUUCCGCAACCAGAACACUACAUUCUACGGUCCGGGAGAGCAGUGGGCUGUGGAUUCUAGCAGGCCUAUGACCGUCGUGACGCAGUUCCUCACUACGGAUGGUACUGAUUCUGGCGAUCUUUCCGAAAUCCGCCGCUUCUACGUGCAGGACGGCCGUGCGGUGGCAAGCCCAUCCAUCACGAUCCUUCCGAAGGCACCGAGCUAUCCCGACUCCAUCACGGACCAAACGUGCAAGGACAUGAAGGAGCUUUUCGAUAACCAGAACGACUUUCAGGAGAAAGGUGGCAACAAGGCCAUGGGCGAGUCCUUGAGCCGCGGGCACGUUGCGGCAUUUUCCCUUUGGGAUGACAUCGAUGUUCACAUGAUGUGGCUGGACUCUCACUACCCUGAAGACAGGGAGCGUGGGGAACCAGGCGUCCAGCGCGGCAUGUGCCCGGGCGGUGAAGACAGCUCUCCUCGAAAUGUACGCAGCAAGCAUCCGCGGGGCUACGUCACCUUUGCCAAUGUGGCAAUUGGAGAAAUCGGUUCCACACAGUCCGUGUACCCUGGAACUACCGGACCAGUGCCGCCUACGGCAUCCACGACUACAACAACAAGCCCAGUGGCAACAGUGAAGCCAACCACGACAGUGACAGCCACACAGCCGUCCUGCGCCAAGGCGUGGCAGCAGUGUGGGGGACGAAAUCAUAAUGGUCCGACCUGCUGCGCAGAUGGCUGGAGUUGCGUUGUGGAUAGCGAAUGGUACUCGCAGUGCAAGCCAGGCACUGACACUGCUUUCGCUCAAGCAAACAAACCAAGGGACCGGCGACAGAAGUUCUUGGGUCCAAGCUUCAUGCAGUCCAAGGCCAAGGGCAGGAUAACAUUCCUAAUGAAUUUGAUCCGCCCAGCUGGAGACAUUAUCUUGUCUGAGCGCUGCAACAUAGCCCUUGCAGCUAUAGCCACCACAGCCAAGAAGAUGGAGACGGUCCUGACAGACUUCUGGCGCGACGCGCCAGACCUGACUCUCAGUGAAGGCGAGACCUUCCAGCACAGCGCUGUGGAGCCAUUGAAGCAGUCGCUGUUGGAACCGCGACGGGAAGGUGCUCCCUGGACCACUCAGAGACUUUGUGAGCUUCUCGCGCAACCGCGGACGAGCUACAAGUCUACCAGGAUCUGGCUUAGGAAUUGGGGCGUAGGGUUUAAGUUUCGGGAGUGA